UGUUCAUUUUUAAAUGGAUGCAUGAGGAAUGUCACACAAUACACAGAGAGGAUGACGGUACUAGUACUCGCAAUCAUACAUUCUUUGUCGUUUGUGUACGACGACUACCCCUAUUACGGUUUGAUGACAUGAUUAGUUGAAGCCGAGAUGGCUAAAAUUCUUGUCGCUGCUCUCUUUGGACAAAAGUCGGGACGCUCCGCAGGUGUUCCACCGUCAGCGUGGUCGGCUUUUGAGCGCAGUUGAAGGGAUGAUGCGUGUCGUUGGGGGCGACGUCACACAACGGGCGUUUAUCCACGACGCUGUUGUCCAGUUGAUGCUGAUAGUUGUGACCACGUCGAUCUCACGGGUCGCGGGAGUCGUCUUUCAGAUUCGGCUACUGCUCGUUCGAGAUGGAUCUGUGUGCCUGCGCCACGCCUCUCCGCCCCUGGAGUCGCCCGAAGUCUUGAGCCCCCAAGUACGAAUGCGCAACCGUUUUUUUUUUUUGUUUUUUUUUGUUGGGGCCUCCGGUGUGGUACAGUACAGUACUUUUUAAAGGAGCUCUUAAAUUGCCUCUCAGUAGCGCAAAUCAAAGUCAGUUACAAGGAAAUAAUAGGCUCAGUCGCAACAUGAAUGGAUUUAUGGCGGUCCAUCUGGAGCGUAGAGAAACGAUCACGUUUCCUUUGUGAUGUCCGAGAAGAAAGGCGGCUUUGACAGCAAACCAGUGCAAAUGUUUGACGCUCGGAAACUGCAACAUAGUCCGUGCCAAGGCUGACAAAAUGCAAUCCUCCGCGCGGACUUUAUUGUUUUGAAUGUUUCUCCUACUCGGCUCAUUUCCCAACGUAACCCCCUCUUUGCGCAUGACAUCAUCCGGGCCUCAGCGCCGCAUUCCAAAUGUAUGGAGCGAACCUCGCACAGAUGGGUUUAAUAUCGGUCGCGCGCACAAAGCUGUUGUGUUGAGUCCGACUGGAGCUGACGGUCAACUCCCCCUGCGUCUCUGGAACAAGGGGGCGCAUUCCACCGUGCGGUGGUGGGGCUCCAAAGCAAAUUGGGGGUGUAUGUUGGCUGUGUAAUGCAUAUUCCUUCCAAGUUGAAAAGAGCUGUAAGAUUCAUCCAUACAUUUUCUGCGCCGCUUAUCCUCACGAGGGUCGAGAGAUUGCCGGAGCCUUUCCCAGCUGUCACCGGGCAGGAGGCAAGGUCGACACUGAACUGGUCGCCAGCUAAUCGCAGGGGACACGGAGACGGAAAACAGUCGCACCAAGGGGUCAAUUUCGAGUCUCCGAUGAGUGCACGUUUUGGGGAUGUGGGAGGAAACCGGAGUACCCGGAGAAAACCCACACAGGCACGGGGGGAGAACAUGCGAACUCCACACAGGAGUGAAGUGGAGGGCCUCCUGAACACAGACAGACUGGCUGCAUGUAUCACCCGGCAGAGCUGUACUCUGGCCGUAAAACGUGGCGCUCCUACCCAGAUGGCGGACCAAACAGAGGACAAUGGGCCCCGGUAAACAGUCGGCCUUGGAGCCAAACACAAAGAUGCAACGGCGGACGUAUUCCAUCCGAUCAUCCCAUUUCACCUUCAAGUCCUCCAUAUAACAGGGGGGAACGAGCAGUCCACUAUGCCCAAGACAAGGGUUCCUCUAAGGGGCACCGGCAGGCUCCGCAUGUUUGGGAUGGUAAAGAACAGCCGUUUGAGGCCCAGAACUGGCAUCACAACUCUCUGCGCUCAUUCCACAACCGGGCUGGCGCCAACAACGGUUAUCUAACGAGACCCGGACAACGCUACAUAAACUGGGACAGCAAUGUCAGCAGCUCUUUGCGUGGGAGUCCUCGCCUGCACCGCAACAGCAGCAGAGAGCUCCAGUGCCCCCCAGAAAGAUGGGCUCCCUCGGACCUCCGCAGAACCUUCCCCGGUCGAAUGAUCAAUGAGAGAGCCGGGCCUUGGAAACGAGCAGCCCCUCACCAGCGCCAAGAGCAGAUGCACCAGCAUAGUCCGCCCCCACAGCACCCUUCUUCAACAAGGGACCAGUGUCCGGCCAAGAGGAGCCGAGACUCAGGUCCUGAUCAGUCAUCUCAUCCUGGAUCGAGGCAUUUAGUUGCCGUGCCACCACCCCUGCCCCGCCACCCCCGGUGCAACCAAGAUGAUUGGAAGCCUCCUCACGACAGAACAGGUCCUAGCCAUCCCUCCGACCAUAGGACCUCAACGCCACAGCAACAGGAGACCUCAAAAUCACGCGCUGGAGGACAUAGCUUUUGCAACAGCGACCCAACAGUCCAAAACCAGGGUUGCAGCAGCAGGACUUCACACCUUGGGAACAGUUAUCGCAAAAUGUCUUCACCAGCAGAACACACCCGUGUGCCUUACAGCCACCAGAAUCCUCAUCACCACCAUCAGCGGCACACUCAGCACGUCCGAGCUGAACAGCACAAACCCUCGACGCACCGCCUUGACGAACGUGAGGAAGACUCCAGGAAUCAUCUCCACAAGCAAAGCACAGAAAUUCGGCGCAACAUAAGAGGCGUUUCAAAAGAGCCGGCCACCCCGUGGUCUUCUGCAGAAGAUUCUCCCAACUAUUCCUCCCUUCAUUUGAAAGAUUCUCCUCACAGUCUACGUGUCAGUCCUUCGUCACACAAAGCAGCUAACAGCGGUCAACCGUCUCGCCCAAAAGUCCAGGGAAGCCCCCCCACUCAAAAAGAAAAGUUCUGCUCAACAUCGACCCCGUCUCGCGCGUCCCCAGAUGUUCCAAAAUACAAGUUUUCAGAUGUCAAAUACAAGAAGGGCUCACAGCUUCUCUACUUGUCCCCCCACGGCAGCUCCAGGACAAACAAGGCAGCGACGGAGUCGGAAACUCCGAGAACAGCCGGAUGCGUGCAAAAAGAUAAGCUGGCGAGAAGGGAAAGGAGUGAACGUGUUGAGAAGGCAAACAAAAAUGCCGAAGGUAGGAGAAAACGGAAGAAAAAAGAACAAAAACUACUUGAGAAAAAAAAGAAAAGGGAUAAGGCGGCAAGGAAAGAAAAGAGAAGAAUCCUGAAAGCUAAAAGAGGAGAGAAGCGAUCUCAUGGCUCCCCUCCGAUUGGCAACUCUGCAGGAGAGGAGCAUCUCCCCACUGGCCAAUGUUUCCCCCCCAGGGGUACUUCCCCACAGCCACUGCCCCCCGCAAAACAAAGACACUCAGUCCCCACAACAACGAGCCCCACCGGGAAGAAUCUCCUCACAUCCUCAUCUCAGUCAGAACAAGGACCAAAAGCAAAACCUAAAGAUAGCCUGCCUUCCCUUUUGUAUGAAGCCUUAGAACCUCUCAGUGCAGCUUGUCGUGUGCGUCUUGAGCAGCAAGGGGGGCCUCUCCGUGCCCCGGAUCUCCAGCCCGUGGGCGUGAUGGGAAAUGGCGACGUGGGCGACAACCUUGCCAACACUCCUCCCGUUCUCAGCUGGCAGGGCUCGCCGGUAUCUGACGUGGGAGAGGAGGAAGACGAGCUGGAAAAGGGAAUGAUGAGCAGACCCGUCCUCCAGCCCAGCCCCACUCAGUGCUUUUCUCCGCUGCCCUUAGAAAAUAUUGAGAAUGUGGCCAAGGAGUCUGCGGAAAGUCAACUGGCAGAUUGUUUGGAUCCAUCGAGUGCAACUAAAGGCCUUCUCGAAGAUGAGGAGAAGAAGGAAACGGCGGAAAGGUCCAGCUCUCCGCGUCCUGAGCUUCACCGGAAAACAGGUCUGGAUGAUGUUUUCAAGAGCUUGGCCACUUUGCUUAGUGGCCAGAGGGCCACGUGUCGAGGCGGUCCGUUCGGGGGCUUGCCUCCUUUGACCGCUAACGGGGUGAAGUUUGCUUCCUCUCUUGCUCUGGGAGCCGGCAUCAAAUGUCACCAGCACCAAGAUUGUGGUCACAAGUCGCAUCCCGCAUCAUCUUCAGAAGCUAAAAAUCAGUCGGUUUCCCGUUUAGAACAGUGCAGAGAGAGAGCUCAGUGUGAGCCCAUCACAGCCCCCUCCACACGCAAAACGGAGGAACCUGAUGUUGAUAUGAACGACAGGCAAGAUAAGGAUGAAGACAUCCAGAACGCGAAAGAGGUCUCGCUCUUGGACCACUCGCUCAGUGCCGAGCUGAGGCUGACCACCACCCACACCGCCUCGCUGAGCCACCUCCUUGUCUCCAGCAAAGACGAGAGGCUAAAAUGUGAAGCGAGAGCUCACCGAGCCCGGCUCAAACUGAAGAUCAAGGAAGAGAAAAGCCUCGCUAGCCCCAAACAUAAAGACGGACGCAAAAAACAUAAAUCCCACCCGGGCAAAGAUGUGCGGAAGAAGCGAGUGAAAGGUAAAAGAGCAGAAGCAAACAUCAUAAAGAAUAAAGACGAUGAUGUCAGUGUGGUUGAACCAGCCGGAACCUCUCAGAAUAAAACCUCAAGCGCAUUAUCAACUAUCAGUGCGUCCAAAUUAUGCACCACAACACCAGCGAGCAAAGCUUCAUGCACGCCAGCCCCCGUCGACCCCCUCAAGCUCAAAAUGUUGUCCAUGGGCUUCACCAAGGAGCCGAAAGUCCUCUUGGUGAAGAUGAAGAUUGAUGGCAGGCACACAGUCAACAUGGCAGAAGUCGAAGAGCAAAAAGUCCCACUUUGUCAGCUCAGUAUCCAAAACACAGCCGCCCAAGUGGUCAGAGCUUGCAAGGGGGCAAAGGUCAGGGGAAAAUUCAAGGAGUCCUACCUGCUUCCUUCCCUUUCUGUGAAACCCAACCUUGCCAUCCAGGUUCCGAUUCCCCGGGAUAAGCUCAGCCCUCCCACGCCGAGCAUCUAUUUGGAGAGCAGGAGGGACGCCUUCUCGCCGGUCCUGCUUCAGUUUUGCACUGAUCCCAAAAAUGCGGUGACCGUCAUCAGGGGUCUCGCUGGCUCUCUCCGCCUCAACCUCGGCCUGUUUUCCACCAAGUCUCUGGUGGAGGCCAACGCAGAGCACGCGGUGGAGGUGAGGACGCAGGUCCAGCAGCCCGCCGACGAAAACUGGGACUCCCGCGGCUCGACCCAGACGUGGCCCUGCGAGAGCAGCCGCUCGCACACCACCAUUGCCAAAUACGCUCAGUACCAGGCCUCGAGCUUCCAGGAGAGCCUGCAGGAGGAGAAGGAGAGUGAGAACGAAGAGGAAGAAGAAGAAGAAGAGGAGCAAGGUGACUCUUCAAAUGCUAAAGGCAGCCCGCCGUCGACUGAGGUGAAAGCCACUUCUGCCCUCCCCUCGGGCAAAAGCAUCAGCGCCAACACACCCAGCUCAGAAAUGAAGUCUGUCGGAAAGAUCAUCAAAUUCGGGACCAACAUCGAUCUCUCAGACCCAAAACGGUGGAAGCCUCAGCUGCAGGAGCUGCUCAAGCUGCCGGCGUUCAUGCGAGUGGAGUCCAUCAACAACAUGCUCAGUCACGUCGGUCACACUAUCCUGGGCAUGAACACCGUGCAGCUCUACAUGAAAGUUCCGGGCAGCCGGACGCCAGGCCACCAAGAGAACAACAACUUCUGCUCGGUCAACAUAAAUAUUGGACCGGGUGACUGCGAGUGGUUCGCUGUCCACGAGCACUACUGGCAGGCUAUCAACACGUUCUGCGAGAAGCACGGAGUAGACUACCUCACGGGCUCCUGGUGGCCGGUCCUGGAAGACCUCUACAGCUCCAACAUCCCCGUGUACCGUUUCAUCCAGAGGCCGGGCGACUUGGUGUGGAUCAACGCCGGGACGGUGCACUGGGUCCAGGCAGUGGGCUGGUGCAACAACAUUGCCUGGAACGUCGGACCUUUAAACUCAUACCAGUACCAACUCGCAAUGGAGCGAUACGAGUGGAACGAGCUGAAGAAGGUGAAGUCGAUAGUUCCCAUGAUUCACGUUUCUUGGAAUGUGGCUCGGACCAUCAAAAUCACGGACCACGACACCUUCAAGAUGAUCAAACACUGCCUGAUGCAGUCCAUCAAGCACAUCCAGAUUUUGAGGGAACAACUGGUGGCUUCUGGAAAGAAAAUCUGUUACCAGAGUCGUUUGAAGGAAGAACCGGCAUACUACUGCAACGAGUGUGACGUGGAGGUGUUCAACAUGCUGUUUGUGACCAGCGAACACAGCGCUAAGAAGACGUACGUGGUGCACUGCGAGGACUGCGCCCGAGCCAAGAGCGCCUCGUUGACGGGAGUGGUGGUGCUGGAGCAGUACCGAACCGAGGAGUUGAUAAAAACCUACGACAGCUUCACACUGGCUCCGCCACCUUUCUCAAAAUGAGGAUGUGCCCCCCGUCUGCAUCUUUCAGGCCGAAAACCAAAAGCAACGGCGGCGAACUGUCGUCCCCGCGAGCGCGUCGGACGUUUACACUGCUGUUUACAUCACACGACGAGGUACAGAUAGUCGGCCGUUCCGAGUACAGCUCGCCGCCUUCCCCGUACCGGCUGCUGAUUUGGACUCGUGCGUUGAAAUAGAAUGACUAGAAUGGUAAUUGUCUUGUAUCGGGGUGGGGGGGACUGAGCACUGCUAGCACUGAAAAUCAGGUUCUAUCCAUUCAACGGACUCAGCUGUGAUUCAAAAGCGUCAAGUAGCCAAUUUUCUGCAUCAAUUCAGGUACUUUUAUGCAAAUUCCGUUGUUUUGUUUUUUUUUUUACACCAAUCUAGUUAUUCUAUAUGUCCAAUGAAUUUGCUGUGAUUCUAUUCUACCAGCAGGGGAAAUCGCUUCACACAGGAGAAGUAACCGAUUGUCACGUUUUUGCGUCGUAUCGAUCCCGGUUUGUGUUGAUCUUCAGGUAAAACUAUGACGUGUUACUCAUGCCUGUAAACUUUCUGAGGUGCUAUUACUCCAAUCUUGUUCAUAAUUGUCGGAUCAGUUCAAAACGUUCUACCAGCCUGGAAGUACACCGCAUUGGCCUUGCGAACUGAUUUGAGGAGGACUUGUAAUUACAGUGUAAAACUAUGCGAAUAUGCUUUUUGAUUUAUCUUGGGGUGGGGGGGGGCGAUUUCUCUAAAAUACGGGUUUGUUAGCGAACUACCGUAAUUUCCGGCCUACAGAGCGCACCUGUAAAAGAAAUGCCAUUAUGGUACAUCCACACAGACGCACCUGGCCCACAUUGAAACACGACAUAUUUAUAACAAAAGACGGUACACAGAAAGUGUUUUUCAAAGUUUUAAUACCUUAGCUUAGCUUAACAUAGCAACAACACGGUAGCACGAACAGGGCUGGUUAAAAAAAAAAAAUAAUAAAUUAAAUACCCGCACCAGCUACACAGUAGCAACACAGUAGCACAACACUAACAGAGCCGGUUAAAAAAAAUAAAAAACGUACCUAAAUCACUGAGAUGUGGCAGGAACACGCCUGCAAGGCGCUAACGCUAGCGCAGCGCCAACAGGGCCGCUUAAAAAAAAAAAAAAACAUACCGGUAAAAAUCACGGAGACACAGCAGCAACACGCUAGCGCAGUGCUAACGCUAGCGCAGCACCAACAGGGGGUGUUGAAAAAAACAUACCGGUAAAAAUCACGGAGACGCGGCAGCAACACGCUAGCGCAGCACCAACAGGGCGUGUUAAAAAAAACAUACCGGUAAAAAUCACGGAGACGCGGCUGUAACACGCUAGCACAGCUCUAAUGCUAGCGCAGCACUAACAGAGCCGGUUUUUAAAAAAAAAAACAUACCAGUAAAAGUCACUUCCUCGGCACAUAUAUUCCACCUUUUCCGCUCGAGUGCCCCGCCUUGCGGCCGUGAGGAAAAAAUGCACAAAUGAGCCACAUCACCGCAUAAACCGCAGGGUUGAAAGCGUGUGGGGGGAAAAAAAAGAAGUCGCGACUUGGAGGCUGGAAAUUACGGUAGUAUGGCCGUGUUCGUCGUCGGGGAUCAAAUAGUCGAUAUAGUCUAAUGAUAGCAAACGUGGUGCGGAUUUUCAAUUUGAUUUGUUUGGUACAGGAACAGAAUCCCAAUUUUAUACCUCUUUGUGUUGCUUGGUUCUCGUUUGUUUUGGGGGUUUUUUUUUGUUUUCUAAUACGAUUAUGAGCAUAAAUAACUGUACAUUGUGAAUGACUUUAUUGGAUAAAAAGUGGAGUGCAUAGAUGAAGUAUGGGGUAUUUUUGAUUUUCAACAGAACAUAAAGGCCUGCCAAGAGAGUCCAGAUCCAAAUCUUUCUCUUGCGUACAUAUCCACAAAUUAUAAAUGUCACUGUACAUGUAAUUAACAUUAAAGUAAAUAUGUUUAAGUGUCGCCCGGAAAGCGACUUUUUUGCUGAGAAUUUUUAAUCAAUGCUCAUUUUUAAAUUUCAGUUUGAACUCAACGUUUGAAGUUCGGAGUUAAGCAAAUUUUCAACAGAUUUUGCUGUUGGAGGAAAGUCUCAGACUUGGAACAUUCCAGAUUUUGGCAGCUCUUGUCGAAGCUCAUCCUGCAACUUUUUGCUACUGUUUAUUAGUAUUAAUAAUAAUUUUGGACUACUGUAAUUCCCGGCCUGCAAGAGAGCACCCGGUUAUAAGCCUCGGUACACAGAAAGAGCCAGCUAGCGUUAAACUCUUUCUGUGUACCGAGGCUUAUAACCAGGUGCGCUAACACUAGCGCCGCACUAACACAAGUGCCGUGCUAACGCUAACGCCGCAUAAACCACGGGGUUGAAAGCGUGUGUGGGGGGGGGGGGAGUCGCGGCUUGUAGGCCGCAAAUAAAGUUACAUAACGUCAUCAAACUUUUCAUGCCGUCUAAAGCAAACUACAGAUUUUGUAAAGUUAUGAUUUAUCCAUGUAAGGCCUAUCGUGUAAAAUUCCAAUUGAAAAGACUUUUCCCCCUGCUAUUAUUCCUCUAUGCACGCCAUAAUCAUGUACAUAGCGUUGACUUGACUUUUAAACAAUUCUCUCCGGAAUUUUAUUUGUAAAUGUUCAAAUUUGUCAUCCUCAGUUUUUUUUUAUUUUUUUUAUUUUUUUUUUUUGGGAAACUUUUCUUACUGCACUGGGAAUUUCAUCCCACUUUUAUACCUCUUUUGUUGGCAGGUUUGCGUUCGGGGAGGGUGGGGGGGGGGCGGAUUUUUGCAGAAAAAAAUUGUACAUUGUGACAUUAUUUAUACUGUACAUGCCACAAGCUUUUCUGAAAAUAUUUAUUGCAUAUGGAAUGGUACUCGUUCGUUGGGGCUACAAGGUAUUUUGAGACUGUAGUACGGGCUGGGGGGAAUUGCAAAGAGGGUCCGGUGUAGUCCCCCUUGGUGCUAGAGCCCCUCUUUGCCUGCGCCGCCCCGCCCCUUUCACGUCACAACACGAUGAUGGGAAGCAGUGCUAAAAAAAAAAAAAACCUCUCAAGCCAACCUGCUGGUGCUUAGAAACAUUUCAACACAGUUUACUGAAACUAAAAAUCAAAUCUUUGUACUGUAUUUAACUCAAAUACUAAAUUUUUGGGUUUUGUUUUGUUUUUGUUUUUUUUUUUUUUUUUUUACUUUUUCAAUCGUGUGAACUUCUUAAUCUUGUGUGGCUAUAUCGGUGACUUUAUGAGCAUUAGUAGUUGUAACCCUCGACACAUCUCGCGGAGACUUUUUGGGAUAUGUGACUUUUACCGGCCAAGGUUUUUGACGUGCGUCUCGUCCUUCAUUCUGGGUUGUUAUUUGACAGAUGUAAUGUUUUUGUUUGUUUUCCUCUCUCUCUCUCUCUCUCUCUCUCUCUCUCUCUCUCUCUCUCUCUCUCUCUCUCUCUCACAUGAUGUUUGAUUUCUGCUGCACUCACAGUUUCAGAUAGAACAUGUAGAAGAAGAAAAAAAAAACCUGAGCCAGACCUGUCUUAAAAUCCCUCUGUGAUAUUUCUGUGACAUAUUGUAUUGUUCAAGAAAAUAAAACGUUUUGAUAAAUGA